AAAAAAAAAAACCAAAAUUAUUUUAAAAAUUCAUCAUACAAAAAAAUUACGAGUCUACAGCUGCCUAAUAGCUAAGUGGUAACAUAACUACUCUAUUUGGAACGAGAAGAUUAUUUUUCACAACGAUGACGAAUUUGGAGGCAUCGUCAUCCGCUAUUGCACCGGUGGGCCCGCCACGAUCACCGUGGCACUCACCGGUGCCGUAUUUAUUUGGGGGAUUAGCAGCCAUGUUAGGGCUAAUUGCAUUUGCUCUACUAAUUUUAGCUUGUUCUUAUUGGAAACUUAGUGGUAAUUUUGAAGAAAAUCAAGAAGGUGAUCUUGAAGAAGGAAAUAAUAACAACAAUAAUAAUAAUAAUAAUAAUGGUGAAGAUGGUAAAAUGGUGGAACCACCAAUUCUUGAAGAGAAAUUUUUGGUGAUUAUGGCUGGACAAUUGAAGCCAACUUAUAUUGCUACACCUAGUUUGUCUAGUAGAGCUUCAUCUUUUGGUAGCAAUAGCGGUUGUACCGUGAGCAGUGAGAGUAGUACGGAUAAAUCCGAGGCUGAAGAGAAGGAGGAGGAAGGAAAUGAUGUCUCGGGUUCAAGUCUUGAUAAUCAUGAUGAAACUCCUGUAGGAGAGAGAGUAAAGGAGGAGGAAGGAAAUGAAGUCUCGAGUUCGACUUCUGGAAAUGAUUUCGUGGUUAACGUGACACAAAUGCAAAUUAAUUAGCGGAAUGAAUUUCGAGUCAUAUGGUAAGCAUGAUGAGAUUAGGUCCUUUAGUUUCAAAGAGAAAAAGAAAAGAAAAAAAAAUCUUGUUUUUUUUUUUUACUUUUUUUUCCCCUUUUGUGGGAAUUUCCGGAAAUGUAUAUAUUUUUUGGAGAAUGAAUUGGGAAAACUUUAUAUAUCUUAGUAAUUU